AAUAUUUUAUUCAAUGUAUUUUGUUUACAAAGAAGAGCGACGGCGCAUAGUUCUAUGAAACCCAAAUGCAGUUUAAUAAUAUUUGAUCUCAACCACUUUGGUUACUUCCACAAGGCAGUUGAAUUUGUUUGUUUGAAUUUGCAGAGGCAUAUGCGUUGUGAAAGAAACAAGAGAGAGAGUGAGUGACUGCAAAAUGACAGAAGCACCUGUCAAACGAGCGAGAUGGUCUCUAACUGGAAUGACAGCCCUUGUUACCGGUGGCACUCGUGGAAUUGGGCAUGCCAUAGUGAAUGAUUUAGCUGCAUUUGGUGCUACUGUACACACGUGUUCAAGGACCGAAUCAGAGCUCAAUAAGUGCUUACAAGAAUGGCAAAGUCAAGGCUUUUUGGUUACUGGUUCGGUCUGUGAUGUUGCCUCUCGACCCCAAAGAGAGAAUCUUGUUCAACAAGUUACCUCAACUUUCAACGGCAAGCUCAACAUCUUUGUAAAUAAUGUCGGAACAAACAUUAGAAAGCCAACAGUUGAGUACACUGGUGAAGAAUAUUCAGAGCUGAUGGCAAUUAAUUUAGAUUCAGCAUUCCAUCUGUGCCAACUUGCAUAUCCUCUUCUAAAAGCUUCUGGAAUAGGGAGCAUUGUGUUCAUUUCAUCCGUUGCAGGUGUGGUGAGCUUGGGUACUGGAUCAGUCUAUGCAGCAAGUAAAGCUGCAAUUAAUCAGCUGACAAAAAAUCUGGCUUGUGAAUGGGCAAAAGACAACAUAAGGAGCAAUUGUGUAGUACCAUGGGCAACCAGAACUCCACUUGUUGAACAUUUAUUUCAAAACCAAAAGUUUGUGGAUGAUAUUAUGUCUAGAACUCCUCUUAAGCGCAUUGCAGAACCUGAAGAAGUGUCAUCUUUGGUGACAUUCCUCUGUUUGCCUGCUGCAUCUUACAUCACUGGACAAGUUAUCUCUGUUGAUGGGGGAUUAACUGUGUUUGGAUUUCAACCCAGCAUGAGAAUUACUUGAGAUUGUGUAAUUCCUUUACUAUUAAUAUUACAAAAUAUGUUUUAAGAUUAAUUUAUAAUAUUAGAGUAUCUCUAGUCUAUAUAAUAUCUCUAUAUGUAGAGAUUAGUAUUGAAUCUUUUAUAUUAAGUCAUUAUUGAACACUUUUGCAUUUUAUUGAAACCGUAGCCUUCUUCCUUUC